UCAAAUUCUCAUAAAUGUUCUUUUUGAUAAAUACUCAACGUCCGAUUCUAAACCCUAAAAAGUUUAUGAUAGAUUAAAAUCUUAAUUAAGAUCAAAAUCCUUUCAUAUGGAAACGGAAAUAAAAUCAUAUUUUUCAUUUAAUGAAACCAAUGUAUUUAUACCAAUUUCCAUCUUUACAAUUUACAAAAUUCCCUUUAAAUUGGACAGUCCCCAAAUUCAUUUUCCUCACCAACACAAAAACCUCCGAACAAAGAAAGAAAAGGAAAAUAGUAAUCACUAUAACACAAUCACACAAUGGCCAUCUCUGUCAAGCUUCUCGCUGCCCUUCUUGUCCUCUCUUUCAUUUCCACAGGAAACUGCCAGUGUGUAUUGAAUAAUAUAACAAUCAGCCAAAAGAUGACAGGAUUUCAGAUCCACGGAAUGACAGAAUGGGAUGUAACAAUAACCAACAACUGCAUAUGUUCUCAAUCUGAUUUGAAACUAGAUUGCAAAGGCUUUGCAACUACUCUAAGCAUCGAUCCUUCAAUCUUAUCCAUUUCUGAUAACGAGUGUUUAGUCAACAAUGGCCAACCUAUUUUCAAUUCUAAACCCAUCACCUUCAAGUAUGCACAAAACCCCAAAUUCAAUUUCAAGCCUAUCUCCUCCCAGAUUUCUUGUUCUUAAAAAUCUUAUUCAUCUAUCUUCCUUACGCCCUCUUCUCAUUUAUGACUUAGUUCAAAUUUAGUGUCUUUACACACUUUUAUAAUAAUAAAGACUCUCUUUAUUUA